UACUGUUUGUGUAUGUUUCUUUGUAGCACUAGCACAGGACUCGGUCGAUCUCUAGUAUAAAAUCAAAACACAAGUCCCAGUUAGUUUUACCAUCUCCUACUCAUCUAACUCGACUCGUUUCCUGUCCUCCUUCUUCCUGUUAGCGAAAAUGACUUCCACCAUAGCCCAAACGGAUGAGAAAAUCAAGAAAGAUUUGUUCAAAAUGGCCAUGAGAGGCCAAUGGGAAGACGUGGUUAAUAUAUAUAGUGAAAAUAAAAAGCUCCACAAGGCCAAGCUCACAAGUUCAGGGGACACAGCAUUACACAUUGCUGUCUCCGAUGGCAAAGAAGAGGAAGUCAGAAAACUUGUGGGAUGUAUCCCCGCUCAACCAGAUAGAAAAGAUGUUCUGACAAUUAAAAACGAACAAGGGAGUACCCCUCUCCAUAUUGCUGCAUCAAUGGGGAAUGUGGCUAUGUGUGAGUGCAUUGCAAGAGUUGAUCCAUCAUUGGUGGGUGCUCGUAAUGAUGACAAUGAGACUCCUUUUUUCUUGGCAGCGCUCUCUGGUAAAAAAGACGCCUUUCUUCGUCUUCACCAGAUCUGUGGUACCGAAAAUGGCUAUGAAUAUUCAAGGAGGAAGGAUGGUGACACUAUUCUUCAUUGCGCCAUCGCUGGUGAUUAUUUUGAAUUGGCAUUUAGAAUAAUUCACUUGUAUGAAAAACUAGUUAACUCUUUCAAUGAGAAAGGAUGGACCCCUCUUCAUUUGCUAGCGAGCAAGCCUUCCGCCUUCAGAAGUGGUAGCCACCUUGGAGGAUGGUAUAAAAUGAUUUAUUACUGUAUCUUUGUUGAUGAGCUCAAGCAUGAAUCAUCUGAUCACCUGCCAAAAAACAAUCAGAAUUUGAAAGAUGCAUCUGUCAAAGAGCCCGAGACGCCAACAGGACCAAAUAACAGUCUCAAUGACCAAAGUGAUCUGAAUUUUCAAGAUAUCAUUAUUUAUGAUGAUCUCAAUGACCAAAGUGAUCUGAAUUUUCAAGAUAUCAUUAUUUAUGAUGAUCUUGAGACGAAACCAUCUGAUCACCCGUCAACGGGACCUGGAAACGGUCUCGAUGACCAAAAGAAACAGGAUUAUCCAGAGAACUACAGAACAUGCCUCGACUUAUUGCAAUUUUUUUGGGAUGCAGUUUCAGUUGCAGAAACAAAGAGUGGAGUGGCAACAGAUGAAGAGAACCCUAGCGCUAAAGCAGGAUUCAAUGCUACCAAUGGAGUACUGGGGCAUGAACUGUUUCCAGCUAAUUAUGGCACCUGCUUUGAGUUUGUCAAGUUCGCAUCCAAGGCAAUGCUGGUCAUUUUUGGACUAGGAUCUACUGGGAUAAGAAAUAUACAAGAGAAGAAAAAGAAGCACACAUGGGCCGUUCAGAUCAUGAACGAACUUCUUCAAUAUAGUUCAUCAUAUGAAUAUGAUGACACUGGGGAGAACCCAGUGGGCGCAACAAUACCCCCAACAGAUAGAGAGACGACAGUGCCUUAUCAUCUUAGUGGCAGCACCGUCCCUGUGGACCCUGCAACAAUUUCCCCAACAGAUACAGAGACAGUGCCUUAUCAUGUUAGUGGCAGCACCGUCAUGGACGGAGCGAAGGAGAAACCCGCUGAAAAGGUAAAGGUAAUAAAGAGGGAGACUCCCGUAUUAAUUGCAGCUAAGAAUGGUAUCACUGAAAUUGUGGAGAAGAUCCUGGAACUUUUGCCCUUUGCCAUACAUGACAUGAAUGAAUACAAGAAGAAUAUAGUGUUGUUGGCGGUGGAAAACAGGCAACCACAUGUUUAUCAGCUUCUGCUACAAAAAAAUAUGAUGAAAGAAAGCGUGUUUCGGAGAGUGGAUGACGAAGGUAAUAGUGCCUUGCAUCUCGCGGCAAAGCUUGGAGAGCAUAAGCCUUGGCUAAUUCCUGGAGCAGCAUUGCAAAUGCAAUGGGAAAUCAAGUGGCAUGAGUUUGUCAGAGAGUCCAUGCCCUUCCACUUCUUCCAACGCUACAACAACAAGGGCGAGACCUCAAGAGAGAUAUUCACCGAAACCCACAAGGAUCUCGUCAAAGAUGGCAGCAAAUGGCUAACCAGCACCUCUGAAUCUUGCUCCGUAGUCGCUGCACUCAUAGCCACUGUGGCCUUCGCCAGCGCCACCACAGUCCCCGGAGGCGUUAAGCAGGAUGUUGGCACUCCAACACUUGAAAACCAGCCUGCAUUCGACGCCUUUGCCAUCUCAUCACUCGUUGCGCUCUGCUUCUCCGUCACGGCUUUGGUCAUGUUCCUCUCCAUCUUAACAUCUCGGUACCAAGAGAAGGAUUUUGGUAGUGACCUGCCAAAGAAACUUCUGCUGGGUUUGACAUCACUGUUCGUUUCCAUAGCUUCCAUGUUGAUUGCCUUCUGUGCGGGACAUUUCUUUGUGCUAAAGGAUAAACUGAAAUAUGCAGCGUUUCCAGUGUAUGCAGUGACCUGCCUGCCGAUAACAUUUUUUGCAGUAGCCCAGUUUCCACUGUACUUUGAUCUUAUAUGGGCUACCUUCUUGAAGGUGCCACAACGUAGCUACAAGGUGAUUCCUCUUUAAUGUGUGAGUUUAUUUCAUUAUUAUAAUUUUUUUUUUUUUUCAUUUUAUGGAAUUUGAUG